UAAGAAAUUCCAAAUACUUUAGGAGAUAUCAAAUUUUUUAAUUUUGCAAUACAAGACCUGUGGAACCAUUCGAGCGGCGCCAUUUUUGUUAUUUUGCCGUGUGUUCGUGAAUACGUGAAUCGUGAAUGCGUAAUUAAUAAAAUGGUUGAUUAGGUCAGGUCAGUUACAUUAUUAAUACUUUCAAACUAAGCCGACAUUAAAAAUUAUUUUGUGAAUUAAUUUUAAUGGCUGUUUAGUUUUAAAAUAUUUAUAAUGUAACUGACCUGACCAAACAAACCCGGACAGAGGGUGAACAGUAAACUAAAAUGGUCGAUUAGGUCAGGUCAGUUACAUUAUAAAUACUUUCAAACUAAGGUGAUAUUAAAAAUAAUGUGAAUUAAUUUUAAUUAUUCUUUAGUUUUAAAUUAUUUAUAAUGUAACUGACCUUACCUAACAAACCCAUAACAAAGGAUGUACAGUAACAACUCACGUAAAUUUUUUUGUUACUUAUUACUUGCGCAACAAUAUCAAAAUAACAAAUAAGACUUUAAAAUUAGAAACGUUAAAAACUCACCUAAGUUGGAGGCGGUAAUUAAACACCGUUUUAAACAAUAAUUGAACUAAAUAAUCACGUAUUAGUUCAUUUGAAUUCUGGCCUAUCACGAACAAUCACGUGACAUCAUUAUCCAAUAAAAAAAAUAGAUACUCGUACGUAAACAAGAAACAAUGGCGCACGCACGCCACAGGAAAGCGCUGGUUUUGUGCUGAAAUUUAAAAAUUCGAUAUCUCCUAAAGUAUUUGGAAUUUCUAAUCUCCGCCGCUUUUAAUGAAAAGAGGAAUUUGAAGAGCAUAUAAUAAAGGUAUUUUCGGAUUUUUAACAUUUUUUUUCGCAAAUACCGCUCAACUACAUAUGAAGAAAUUUAAAAAUUCGCUAUCUCCUAAAGUAUUAGGAAUUUCUAAUCUCCGCCGAUUUUAAUGAAAAGAGGAAGUUGAAGAGCAUAAAAUAAAGGGCGGCGAGCGACGAAGAUGUCCCAUGAGGUCGUGUAGCAGACAUCUGUUGGUGGCCGCAGGUGCCAUCUGGACGGCGCUGCACCUCGCCGCCGCCGGGUUUGCAUGCAUCAGCAACCCGUGUCUCUAUGGCAUCUGCAUGGACGACACCAACAGCUCGUACACGUGCUACUGCGUCGACGGCUACACGGGCCUGCAGUGCCAGACCAACUGGGACGAGUGCUGGUCCUCGCCCUGCCUCAACGGCGGCACGUGCGCGGACGGAGUCGCCGCCUUCAACUGCUCCUGUCCGGACGGCUUCACAGGUGAAAGAUGCGAGGAGAACAUGGACGAGUGUGGUUCAAAUCCUUGCAUGAAUAAUUCUACCUGCGUUGAUGGCGUCAAUGGAUACGAGUGCACCUGCCUUCCAGGAUACACAGGCGCGCUGUGCGAGACGGACGUGGCCGUGUGCAACUCGACCGGCGAGCCGCGCUGCCUGCACGGCGGCCUCUGCGAGGAGGGGCCCGGCGACUCCUACUCCUGUCGCUGCGGCCCGGGGUGGACGGGCGCGCUGUGCGGCGUCGCGACGGACGAGUGCGCCUCCUCGCCCUGCUCCAACGGCGCCGUCUGCGUCGACCUGCACGCCAGCUACGUCUGCGCCUGCCCCUUCGGGUUCACGGGCAAGAACUGCGAGGUGAAGCUGCACCCGUGCGUCGUCAGCCCGUGCCAGAACUCGGCGCUGUGUCUGCUGGAGGGCGAGGCGCGCGUGUGCUACUGCGUGCCGGACUACCACGGCGACCGCUGCCAGCACCAGUACGACGAGUGCCAGCUGGGACCCAGGUGUAUGAAUGGAGGAACGUGUUUGGAUGGCAUAGACAACUUUACGUGUUCCUGUCCACCGAAUCUCACAGGAACACUCUGCGAAUGUUUAAUAACAGGCCCAGAUGACAUGGACUGUACUUAUGUCAGUCCCACAACAAUUCCUUCCACUACACCUUCAGUGCCUUUAUCAGAAGUGUUUACAAGAGCUGAAACUCUUAUUCCUGAAGAGGAGCUAUCAUCUACUUCGGAGACUCUCGCAUUUCCAGCUUCUACUACCACUGGAAUAAGUCAUGUAACAACAAAGGGAGUUCAAACUACGCACAUAAUUUCAUCUACAUUUCUUCCUGUUACCCCAGAACAGACCACGUUAGUAACAGAAGAAUUUUUUGUGACCACUGCAUUAAACGUGUCGCGCCAUAGCACAACUCCUGUGGUUGUGCAUGAAAAUGUUUCUUCAGCUACGGAAACGAUGUUGUACCCCACAACCACAGAUGCAUCAGCACCUAUUACUUACAGUGAAACAAUACAGGAAACAAUUGGCACACAAUAUGUAGAAGGAAUAACGAGUAGUGUUACAGCACUCACCAAGAUAUAUCCAGAACUUGUAACAGGCCCUUCUAGUGAAGUAACGACUUUCGUUUACACUACAGAUUCAAAAUAUAGGACUGCUUCGAGUGAUCACACGACUGAAGUUACUGGUAUAACUACUACAUUCCCUAACAAAACAGUGUCUCCUCCCAUAAAUGAAAGCACAACUUUACCAGGGGUAGAAAAUGUAACUUCAACUGUAAACAUGACUUCUGUUUCUCCACUAGAAGGAUUUUCUACAGUGCCUUUGCAAGAAAGUACAUUAGAAUCAUUUACUGAUGUGUCAGCAUCUGAAUCCGGAGUGCAAGUGACAGUUUCCACCAACACUACACUUGAAUCAGUCACCUCAGAAUUUACUAGUAGAGAUGUUUUUACUCCUGUGACCUUCCUCACAGAAACGCCUUCAACCCGGAAAGAAGUUACUUCAGAAAGUUCGACGACUUCAUCUGGAAUAUCGCUUUUAACCUCUCCGAGUGAAGAACACACUUCUACCACGCCGUACACAACAGAGAUAUCUCAGUUGACGUCCAAAAGCAGUGAUAUUACGACGUUGCCGAUGACGGAAAGUGGUUCCACCGAGUUCAUGUUCACAUCAGAAAUUUCAACGGAGGAGGAAACAUUAUUCACUACCAGCACAGAAUGGGCGGAUUGUUCUGUCUACCCUUGCCGCAAUGGCGGGACGUGUGUGCACACUGCAGACGGACCAAGGUGCUCGUGCAAGUUCAGCUGGGAGGGCCCGUGGUGCGAGGAGCCCUCCGGAGUGCGCGUGGCCGCCUUCACGGGCCGCUCCUACCUCACGCACCGCCUGGACCCGGCGCGCCUCACGAGGCUGCAGCUGGUGGCCAGGACUCUGGCGCCCUCGGGGGUCAUCCUGCACGCGCAGCUGCGCGACGACAAGUACGCCCGCCUCUACCUGCAUGCAGGCCUGCUCCGGUUCCAGUUCUCGUGCGGCGUGCAGACCAUGCUCUUCAGCGAGGUGGAGGUGCGCGUCAACGACGGCUUCCAGAUCACCGUGCUCGUCGAGCUGGCGCUGCCCUGGGAAGGGGGCGGGCGGCGCUGCUCGGCCUCGCUGCGAGUCAACAGCACGCUGGUGAUGAGCGGCGAGCAGGAGAGCUCCCGCGCCUCGCCCAGCCCAGGCCCCGGCCUGCUGCACCUGGGCGGGCUGCCGCCGCACCUGGGCGAGCCCGACCUCGCGGGCUUCACCGGCUGCGUCAGCAGCCUGCAGGUGAACAACGAGACGCGGCGCAUCGUGAAGGACGCGGUGGACGGCCGCGGGGUGACGGAGUGCGCCUCGCUCGCCUGCCUGUCCGGCCCGUGCCACGGCGCUGCCACCUGCGUGGAGGCCGGCGACCGCUGGCUGUGCCUGUGUCCCGCCGGGUUCGUCGGCGAGACGUGCGAGCGCUCCGUGUGCCUCAACAACCCGUGCCUGUUCGGGGCCACGUGCGUGCCCUACCCGGGCAGCGGCUUCCUCUGCCUGUGUCCGCUGGGCAAGCACGGCGUCUUCUGCGAGAACGAUCUGGAGAUCGGCCAGCCAUCAUUCUUCUCGACGGUGGGCGGGCUGUCCUCGUAUGCAGCCUACCCCCUGCCGGGCGCCAUCCACAAGAGCAUGGAACUGCGCUUCCGCUUCUCGCCCGCCACCACCGAGCAGGUAGCGCUCAUGGUGUUCGUGGGGCAGGAGGGAGCUCACGACUCACGCUCCGAUCAUCUGGCCGUCAGCUUCAUCAAGGGCUACGUGGUGCUCACCUGGAACCUCGGAUCAGGUCCGCGCAGGAUCUUCACCCCUCGACCCGUGGCGCGGCGCACCGGCGACCGGCCGCACUCGGUGCGCCUGGGCCGCUCGGGCCAGUCGGCGUGGCUGCUGGUCGACAACCUGGGCAACGUGAGCGGCCGCUCCCCGGGCCGCCUGUCGCAGCUCAACGCCCGCUCCGUGCUCUACCUGGGCGGGCACGAGUCGCGCAACUUCUCGCUGCUGCCGCACGACCUGCCGCUGCACGCGGGCUUCGCCGGCUGCCUGUUCGACGUGGAGCUGCGCGCGGGGCGAGCGACGGUGGCGCUGCAGCGGACGCGCGCGGCGACCGGCCGAGGCGUGGGCCAGUGCGGCACCUCCGAGUGCCACGAGCACGCCUGCCAGCACGGCGGCGCCUGCCUGCACCACGGCUCCACCUUCACGUGCCUGUGUCCCGAGGGCUGGCACGGCCCCGUGUGCGCCCAGCGCGCCAACCCCUGCGACCCGGGCCGGCACGCGUGCCGCGAGGGCUCCACGUGCGUGCCGCUGGCCGCGGGCCACGAGUGCGACUGCCCGCUGGGCAAGUCGGGGCGCCACUGCGAGCAAGACGAGCAGCUGUCGGACGUGCUGUUCUCGGGGCGGCGCUCGUUCGCGGCGCUGGAGCCGGCGGACCUGAGCGACUCGCGGGCCUGCCUGGAGCUGGAGAUGAGGCCCCUGUCUUCGCGCGGGCUGCUGCUGUUCGCCGGCCGCCGCGACGGCCGCUCCUUCGUGUCGCUGUCGCUGCAGGGCGGCGUGCUGGAGCUGCGCGUGCACCCAGGCACGUCGCGCAGGCGGGCGGCGCCGCUGGUGGUGCGAGGCGCGCGCCUGCUGGCCGCGGGCGAGUGGCACCGCGUGCAGGCGGGCCGCUACGGCCGCCGCUUCUACCUGCGCGUGGACGGCGCAGUCAGCUCUGCCGCGCUGCUGCCGGGCGAGGAGCUGCCCGCCGCCGACCUGCCGCUCUACCUGGGCGGGCUGCCGGACCUGGCGCAGCUGCCGUGGGGAGCCGUGUCGGGCCAGCCGGAGCCCUUCAGCGGCUGCCUGCGCGGGCUGGUGCUGGGGCAGCGCCGCGUGCGCCUGGGCGCGUCCAGCCUGCUGCACGCGCGCAACCUCGCCGACUGCGACGGCACGGCGUGCGGCGGCGACGUGUGCGACCACGGCGGCAGCUGCGCGCUGGGCCCGCGCCGCCGCCCCGCCUGCCUCUGCCCGCAGCAGUACACGGGCGAGCGCUGCGAGACGAGGCUGUCGUGCGCGCGCACCGCCUGCCAGCACCAGGGCCGCUGCGUGGGCGAGCCGGAGGCGGCGCGCUGCCGCUGCCCCGUCGGCUGGGGCGGCGACUUGUGCGAGCAGCGUGUGAACGCGAGCUCCCCUCACUUCGGCGGCGACAGCUACAUGGUGGUGCAGAAGAGUCCGGCCGCCCCGAGGCGCCUCGGUGCCAGGAGCCGCAGCAGCCUGGACAUCGAGUUCCUGUACCUCAACUUCUCGACGGCUGAGCCGGACGGCAUGAUCCUGUGGAGCGACCAGGGCGGGGACUUUGUCGGCGUGGGCGUGGAGCGCUCGCUCGUGAGGCUGGCGUGGUCGGGAGGCGGCGCCCUGCUGGCGGCGGCCGGGCCCGUGGCGGACGGCUCGUGGCACGCGCUGGCGCUGGCCUUCUCCCCCAGCGACGUGUCGCUGUGGCUGGACGGGCGCCUGGCUCACCGCGCCGACCAGCGCCGCCCGCCCGCCACCGACGGCGUCUUCUACCUGGGCGGCUUCCCGGAGCACCAGUCCUUGGAGGCGGAGACCCGGGGCCACUUCUCCUCGCGGUUCGUGGGCUGCAUCAGGGAGCUGUCCUGGAGCCGCGACAGCGUCAUCACCGACUUCUCGCGCUACAGCGGCGAGAACAUCGGCAGCUGCGACCUCUACUAGACCCGCCGGAGCUGACUCCCUACCCCUGCUGACCGCUGCUUCCGAACACCCGUCGCGGAGCGUGGGCGCGGCUAUGGUCGUGGCGUGCUGAAACCUUUCAUCUCUUUGUUGAGGCCCCCGUCUGCCCGGACACACACACACAUGGCGGGCAGAGCUUCAAGGAAAAAAACAAAGCUUAUUUGAAAACUACUCAACAUAUCCGAGUAGGGUCUGUUUACGAAAAGCAUCCAAGAGUUCGCUGAGGGCCGAAUAGUUAGUUCUGUUUCCGGAUGAGGUUUUUGAACCGUUUUUUUCAGAAGAGUGAAAAGGGCUAAAAAAAAAAAAAAAAAAGCCGUGUUUUCAGAGUAAUUUCUAGGCAUCAAACAACCGAUACAGAUUCUUUUAAGCACUUAAGGGUCUUUGCAUCACACCUUUAUCUUCAUUUCUCCGCCAUAUAAUGCUAUGGUCACCGCUCAAACUUCACAGUAGUUGUCUUGUGCACGACGAGGAGACUGCGCGCCAGUUUGGAACCAGGCGGGGGCGUAUGUGUGUGACACGACGCUUCGCUGGUGCUUCUACCGUGGUAUCGCCUCUAAGCGCAAGGCUCCGAACUGGCGCGCAGUCUUCCUGUCGUACAUAUGAGCGGUGACCAUAUAAUAACAUGUCGGUGAAAUGAAGAUAAAGGUGUAAUGAAAGUCCCUUAGGUUCUUUCAAGAAUCUGUAUCGGUUUAAUGCCUAGAAAUUACUCUGAAAACACGCCUUUUAUCCAUUUUCACUCAUCUAAAAAGCACAGUUUAAAAACCUAAUCCGGAAACAAAAAUGCUUUUCGGCCCUCAGCGAACUCUUAAAUGCUUUUCGUAAACAGGCCCCACUCGGAUAUCUUGAGCAGUUUUUAAAUUGCUAUGUUUUCCCUGAAGCUGUGCGCACCGUGUAUGUGUGCUCCGGUAGGCGGGGGCCUUAAUUAGGAGCGCGGCCGCCACGCGGGUUCCAAGUGAAACUUCUCUGUUCAAUAAUACACUCAAACAAUUAAAUAAACUAUUCAAUACUUCAAUUGUACGAUUAAACUGGACAAUGAAGUACACAAUGGAAGUUCAUAGUUGUAAGAGGAAAGAGUCUUACAGUUGUACGACUCUCUAUGCUAUUCGUUAUUCCCCUUCUCCCUCCUCACCAACAUACGAGUGUCCCACUCUUGAUCGUUGCACUUUUCGUUACGCCCUGAUGAGUCAUUUGUCCGACUUACCCUACCAGCGCAAAUAUUUCAUAGCGAUUAAGCUGGACUCAACAAUGAUCCGACCCAUUCGUCCGUCACCAGUCCGUCCGUCAAGUAAAGUGGCAUUCAGCCAAUCAGAUGGCCCGAGAAAUUCCAUACAUCCGUCCGUCCGAAAAAAAACUUGCCAAGCUUUAACUUUCGACGGACGGACGAUGAAAUUAUAUCCUCAAAAAUGUCUGAAAGGCAUUGUCUCUAUUUUAAAAAGAUUUUUUAGUCUUUUUUUAGGCUAAGCCGCUUCCUUAUUAUGUUUUUAACUUGCCUAUGAACGUGUUUUGAGUUAGAUAUUUGAAACAAAAAUUGUAAAUUAUGCACAUUAACUGGAAAAUAUAUUAAAAUAAAUAUUUUAGAGUUUGUUUGAUCGUUUGCAAGUGCUUAGCGUACAUGAUAGUCUAACUGGUAAAUCUUUACAAAAUA